UUUUCAGGUUAAGAAAGCCAGAAUCUUUGUUCAGCUGCACUGGCUGAGCAGACUUAGUGGGGUUACCUGGCUAAGAGCAGCAGCAGCAGCAGCAGCAGCAGCAGCAGCAGCAGCAGCAGCAGCCUCAGCAGCAGCCACAGCACCAGGGCUUCUGAGAGAACUCAGACAUAAUUGGAUAACAUGGGUCCUCCUAUGAAGCUCUUCAAAAACCAGAAGUACCAAGAACUGAAGCAGGAAUGCGUCAAAGAUGGUCGGCUUUUCUGUGACCCCACCUUCCUACCAGAGAAUGAUUCUCUGUUUUUCAACCGACUGCUUCCGGGAAAGGUUGUGUGGAAACGUCCUCAGGACAUUUCUGAUGACCCCCAUCUGAUUGUGGGCAACAUCAGCAACCACCAGCUGAUCCAGGGAAGACUGGGGAACAAAUCAAUGAUCCCUGCAUUUUCCUGCUUGGCCGUUCAAGAGUCACACUGGACAAAGACAAUUCCCAACCAUAAGGAACAGGAAUGGGAUCCUCGAAAGCCAGAAAAAUAUGCUGGAAUUUUCCGCUUCCGUUUCUGGCAUUUUGGAGAAUGGACUGAGGUGGUGAUUGAUGACUUGCUGCCCACCAUCAAUGGAGAUCUGGUCUUCUCAUUCUCCACCUCCAUGAAUGAGUUUUGGAAUGCUCUACUGGAAAAAGCUUAUGCAAAACUGCUAGGCUGUUAUGAGGCCUUGGAUGGUUUGACCAUUACUGAUAUCAUCAUGGACUUCACGGGCACAUUGGCUGAAAUCGUUGACAUGCAGAAAGGAAGAUACACUGAUCUUGUUGAGGAGAAGUACAAGCUGUUCGGAGAACUGUACAAAACAUUCACCAAAGGAGGCCUAAUUUGCUGCUCCAUUGAGUCUCCCAGUCAGGAAGAACAAGAAGUUGAAACAGACUGGGGACUACUGAAGGGCCAUACCUACACCAUGACUGAUAUUCGCAAGCUCCGCCUCGGAGAAAGACUCGUGGAAGUCUUUAGUGCUGAGAAGCUGUAUAUGGUUCGCCUGAGAAACCCGUUGGGAAGACAAGAAUGGAGUGGCCCCUGGAGUGAAAUUUCUGAAGAGUGGCAGCAACUGACUGUAACAGAUCGCAAGAACCUGGGACUUGUCAUGUCUGAUGAUGGAGAGUUUUGGAUGAGUCUGGAAGAUUUUUGCCACAACUUUCAGAAACUGAAUGUCUGUCGCAAUGUGAACAACCCUGUUUUUGGCCGCAAGGAACUGGAAUCAGUGGUGGGAUGUUGGACUGUGGAUGAUGAUCCUCUGAUGAACCGAUCGGGAGGUUGCUAUAACAACCGUGAUACCUUCCUGCAGAAUCCUCAGUACAUCUUCACUGUGCCUGAGGAUGGUCAUAAGGUCAUAAUGUCACUGCAGCAGAAGGACCUACGCACUUAUCGCCGAAUGGGAAGACCUGACAAUUACAUUAUUGGCUUUGAGCUCUUCAAGGUGGAGAUGAACCGCAGGUUCCGCCUUCACCACCUGUAUGUUCAGGAGCGUGCUGGGACUUCCACUUAUAUCGACACCCGUACUGUGUUUCUGAGCAAGUAUCUGAAGAAGGGCAACUAUGUGCUUGUUCCAACCAUGUUCCAGCAUGGCCGCACCAGCGAGUUUCUGCUGAGAAUCUUCUCUGAAGUGCCUGUCCAGCUCAGGGAGCUGACAUUGGACAUGCCCAAGAUGUCUUGCUGGAACCUGGCACGUGGCUACCCAAAGGUGGUUACCCAGAUCACUGUUCACAGUGCUGAGGGACUGGAGAAGAAGUACGCCAAUGAAACUGUAAAUCCGUACCUGGUCAUCAAGUGUGGAAAGGAAGAAGUCCGUUCCCCCGUCCAGAAGAAUACUGUGCAUGCCAUUUUUGACACACAGGCCAUUUUCUACAGAAGGACCACUGACAUUCCUAUUAUCAUCCAGGUCUGGAACAGCAGAAAAUUCUGUGAUCAGUUCCUGGGACAGGUUACUCUUGAUGCUGACCCCAGCGACUGCCGUGAUCUGAAAUCUCUGUACCUGCGUAAGAAGGGUGGGCCCACUGCCAAAGUCAAGCAAGGCCACAUCAGCUUCAAAGUGAUCUCUAGUGAUGACCUCACUGAGCUCUGAAUAUCCAAUAUCAGAGAAUCCUGACGAUUUUUCAUCUUUUUAUGUCAGGCUCCAGGUCUUAACUAAGAUUCAUAAUUACUGAAACCCUACAUUUAUUAAAGUUUCCUCUUUUCUGAUAUUUCCCAUACCUCCCAACGUAAGUAGCAUCAGUAGCUACAGAACCUAGAUACCUCCAGCAGCUGGACAGGGGGAGGUGACAGUCCCAUCUGGAGAUCACAUGUUUGUUGAGAAAAGAUCCUUAGGGCUUCCGGGGGUGAGAUUCAAAUGGGUCAAUAACAAGAAUCUGGGCAUUCUACAUGUGUCUUUGCUGUUUCCACUUGCCCAACAUAUCUUCCCUGCAGGGCAUGUUGAGGAAGGAGAGGCGAUCAAGGCCAAGCUGGUCUAGCCUGACAUCCCAUCUCCUGACUGACACUACAGCUUUACCAUCAACACUUUACCAGUAGCGAGAGCUGACUUCAAUGGUCCCAGCCCUUAUAACCACCACCACCACCACCACCACCACCACCACCACCACCACCAC